CAUGUUGGACUUUACCCCUGAAGUUGGAUACAUAUUAUUAAAGUUCACUCCGUCUUACUCUUUAUAAGACACUAAUCCGUUAGAUUUUUGGACAGUUAUUUAACUAAAAGCACAAACUCGAAGACGUUAACAAAACUACAACUACAUUCCGUUUGAUUUGCGUUCAUGAAAUACGCUAUAACACUUCUCCGGACUCUGGUUUUUCAGCGUAAAGCACAAACCCUUAGCAUGUCUUCUGCUGUUCACGAAAACGUGAAGAAUUAUUAUGGCUCUCGGCUGGAGACCUCAGAUGAUUUGCAGACCAAUGCUGCGUGUGUCAUGCCCUCCAGACCUGUGGCCAAGAAUGCAUGUGAAGCCCUGAAACAAGUCCACCCGGAUGUUUGCAAGAGGUAUUUUGGCUGUGGCCUGGUGAUUCCAGAGAAGCUGGAAGGAUGUACGGUUCUUGAUCUGGGCAGUGGAUCGGGGAGAGACUGCUUCGUCAUCAGUAAACUGGUGGGGGAGAGCGGUCAAGUCAUUGGACUGGAUAUGACGGAUGAAAUGAUCGUUGCCUCGCAAAAAUAUGUGCAGUACCAUCAGGAGAAGUUUGGAUACUCAAAACCAAACACUGUGUUUGUGAAAGGAUACAUGGAGAAGCUCAGUGAUGCAGGGAUACAGAACAACUCUUUGGAUGUAGUUGUGUCAAAUUGUGUAAUAUGUCUGUGCCCAGAUAAGAGAACUGUGAUUAGUGAAGCUUACAAAGUUCUAAAGGAGGGUGGAGAGUUGUACUACAGUGACAUGUAUGCAAGCAAAGUAGUCCCAGACUCUUUCAAGGAAGAUCCGGUUCUGUGGGGUGAGGGAAUGGCUGGCGCCCUCUACUGGCGAGAUCUCAUCGCUCUGAUGAAGGACAUAGGGUUCAGCACUCCGCACAUGGUUGCAGGCAGUCACAUUGUGGUUCACAACCCAGAACUUCAAAAAAAGACUGGUGAUGUUAAAUAUGCAUCUGGAACUUACCGGAUCUUUAAACUGCCUCAAAACUCCAUCAAGAGCAAAGCUCUGGUCACAUAUAAAGGCACUGUGCCUGACUCUGCUGACUGUUUUGAGUUUGAUGCCUCUCAUUCCUUCAAGACGAAUGUCCCAGUGGAGGUGGAUGCAGAGAUGGCCGCCAUCCUCAAGAACACGCGUUUCUCUACAGAUUUCAAUAUUGCGAUGUUAGACACUCCAGAUCCAAACCAGAGCGAAACUCCACAGUAUUGCCACCUUAGCCCGUUCCUUCUUGCGGAUAAACUGGGCUCUUCAGUCAAACAGUGCUCAAAGACAGGACACUAAGUAUCCAAAAGAGCCCAGAGUUGAAGAAACACCCAUUACAUUCAUAAGCAACAUCACAUUGACGUUGAUUCUGAGAAGGGACGGAUGUUAACUUCACUUUUUGAUUUCCCUUAUUCCUAAUAAUCAUGUGUUAUUUUUAAUAGCAGGAUGUAGAGAUGUCACUUUCCCUGUAAGUCUCUUGAGAAAGGUUUCAUUGCCAGUAAUAGGAAUUUCAUCAUACUUUUCAACAACCACGUAUUACAUACUGCAUUUUACCUAAUAACAGUGCUAUUAUAAUGAGUAAUAUUAGAUUAAAGAUUAUGUAAUCUCA